CCUUCCCUUACACCUUAUCCUUCUUGUAUUCUUCUUCAAAGCUAAUAGCAAUGCAACUACGCCGUUUAGUGAUUCUGUUUGCCUUGAUUGGUGUGGUGAGUGGGUUUGAGUUUGAGGAUCAGAAGAACUUCUUCUACUCUGAUCCAAACACAAUUUCAUACACCCCUCCAGCAACUUCAACACCUUCUCCGGCUAACUGGGGCCGCCACGCCUCCACUCCGUCAUCACCCGGAGGAAGCGGAUACUACCACUCUCCCCCAAGAUCCACAUUGAGCCCGCCAUCUACACCUAGUGUUGCAGUACCGUCACCACCUUCUGAUCCGACCUCGCCACCUUAUACCUGCACGUACUGGAAGAAGCACCCGAGUGCGAUAUGGGGGUGGUGGGGAUCGGUGGGGAACGCGUUUGGCGUGAGCAACAUUCCCGGGAUGGGAGCGAAGAUGAACCUGCUGCAGGCGCUCUCCAACACGCGAACAGACGGUUACGGUGAAAUCUGCAGACAGGGCACGGCUGCGCUGCUGAAUUCCAUGAUCGAUGCCAAGUUCCCUUACACGUCCGCGCAGGUCAGGGAUGCAUUCACGGCGGCGCUCGCCUCCAGCGACGCCGCGGCAGCUCAGGCGCGCCUCUUCAAGCUCGCUAAUGAGGCCAAAACCUAUCCCAAACUCUGAAUAUUGGAGUAGUACUAUUUUGGUUGUGAUUUUAUUUUAUUUCUAUUGAAUUGUUGAGUACUUACUAAACUGCUAUGUUUUGUAGCGGUUUUUUUGCAAUUAUUUCUUAUUUCUCAUAUCAAAGAGACAUGUCUCAAUAGUUUGGAAUCAAUGGAAUAUAUUUUCUAGAAUCUGAAUGAAGAGCCAGAAUUAAACCA